UGAUUUUAAAUGUCACAUCUCAAUAUUUCGGCAUAUUUUAUUUGCGGCAACAAAUGUAUCAACGAUUAUUGUUCAAGAACAAACACUCAAGAAUGACCCGACACAAUAUCAGUUUCUUCUGAUCAAAUUCGUACCGACCAAAAAUGUGCAAAAAUCAAAUCAAACAAAUGAGGAAUAUGGAAAGUACUUUCAAGGUGAUAUUAAACUGACCACGAGACAGGAGGUUGCUUUAAGAUAUUCUUUUCGAAACGGAUUGAUUGAUUCAAAUUUCCGUUGGCCAAACAAAACUCUAAUUUAUGCAUUUGACCCGAAGAUGCAUGGGAAUGAAAGUGUCGUCAAAGACGCAAUGAGCGAAAUCGAGUCAGUAUCAUGCAUUGCAUUUAAGCAAAGAAACGAUGAAGAUGGCUAUGUUUAUUUCACAUCUAGUGAUUUCGGAUGUUAUACCUACUUGGGCUAUCAGGGCGAUCAACAAGUGUUGAAUUUGGGAGACGGUUGCAUGUACAAAGGAACUAUAAUGCAUGAAAUAUUACACGCUCUUGGAUUUUUACACAUGCAAAGCGCAUAUGAUCGAGACGAUUACAUUGAAAUUAUUUGGGAUAAUAUGAUGCCUGGAUUAGAAGCACAAUUUGAAAAGUCUGGCUCCAACAUUAUUUCACACUUUGCCGGUGGUUACGAUUAUAAAAGUAUAAUGCACUAUGGCGGAGCUGCAUUCUCAAAAAAUGGCAAACUAACUAUUAAAACUAAAGACCCGAAUCAACAAACAUUUAUUGGAAAUAGAAACGGAAUGAGUGACGAGGAUAUCCAUAAAUUGAAUAUAAUGUAUAAUUGCUAUUGAUUUUAUUGACUCG